AUGCCUACUAAUCAUUCUAAAACUGACGUAUUAAUCAUUGGUGCUGGUCCAGCAGGAUUAAUGUGUGCUACAUGGUUAUCAAGAUGUGGUAUUCCAUUUAGAAUCAUUGAUAAACGAUCCAAUGAAAUUUUCACUGGUCAAGCUGAUGGAUUACAAUGUCGAUCAUUAGAAAUUUUCCAAUCAUUUUCCGAACUGAGUUUUGAUUUUGCUACAUUAAAUCAAAGUUGGAAAAUGGCUAAUCAUAUGAUUGAAAUGUGUUUUUGGUCACCUAAUGGUAAUGGACAAUUAGAAAGAAAUUCUCGAGUUGCUGAUACAAUCCCUGGAAUUUCAAGAUUUACUCAAUCAGUGAUUCAUCAAGGAAAUAUUGAAAAAUGGUUUGUUGAUUCUAUUGAUUAUUUCUCUAAUGGACAAGUCAAAAUUGAAAGACCAUUGUUGCCAAUUUCAAUAAAUGUUAAUGAAAAGGGUACAAAAGAUGAUCAAUAUCCUGUUGAAGUGAAAGUUGUCAAGUUAUCUUCAGAAGAAUCUAAACCAGAACAGUUUGGUAGUGAAAAAGUUGCUAAUGGACUCUAUCGUCAAUUCGAUGGUGAUCAAGAUAAAUCCUAUAAAGAAAAAUCUACAACCACAAAAGAAGAUGAAGAAGAAGAAGAAGAAGAAGAUUGUGAAAUCAUUCAUACAAAAUAUGUUGUUGGUUGUGAUGGAGCUCAUAGUUGGGUUAGAAAACAAUUAGAUAUUGAUAUGGAAGGUGAACAAACUGAUUUUGUUUGGGGGGUUUUAGAUAUGGUCCCUAUUACUAAUUUCCCUGACAUUAGAAAUCGUUGUGCUAUUCAUCUGAAAGAUUCGGGUUCUGUCAUGGUUAUCCCCCGUGAAAAUGAUUUAGUCCGAUUCUAUAUUCAAUUGAAAGAAGUAGAAAGAGAUCCAGCUACUAAAACUGAUAAUAAACAAUUCAAUGGUAAUGUUGAUGAUACGAAAGCUAAAACAAAAGGUAGAAUUGAUCGUUCAAAAAUCACUCCCGAAUUAAUUCUUAAACAAGCUCAAAAAAUUUUCGAACCUUAUACUCUUGAAAUGACUGAUUUGAGUUGGUAUACUGGUUAUCAAAUUGGACAAAGAGUUAGUCCUCAAUUUUCAAAAUUUAAUAAUCGAGUAUUUAUUGCUGGUGAUGCAUGUCAUACCCAUUCCCCUAAAGCAGGUCAAGGAAUGAACGUUUCCAUGCAAGAUACAUAUAAUCUUGGAUUCAAAUUAGCUUUGGUAUGUAAAGGAUUGGCUAAACCAGAAAUAUUAUCUACUUAUGAACUGGAAAGAUUGAAAGUUGCUCGUGAUUUGAUUGCCUUUGAUCAUAAAUUAUCUCGAUUGUUUAGUGGUAAACCAAUGAUCCCUAAUUCUGAUAUAUUAGAUGGUGUUGAUAUGGAUGAAUUUCAUCAGGUAUAUCUUGAAGGGAAUAAAUUUGCUUCAGGUACUAUUGUUGAUUAUCAAAACUCAUUAUUGAUUAAUAAACUGGGUGAUGGUGGUGACACUAAUGAUGAUGAUGAUGAUGAUGACGAUAAUGAUUGUUUGAUAAUGAAUAAAUUGGCAACCAAAAUUCCUAUUGGUCGAAGAUUAUAUAGUGUCAAAAUGAUUAGUCAAGCUGAUGGUAAACCAAUUCAUAUUGCUGAUCGCCUUUCAUCUGAUGGUAGAUUUAGAGUAUUAGUUUUCCCUGGAGAUAUCAAAUAUAAUCCUGAACAAUUGCAAACAUUACAUUCAUUCCAAGAUUUAUUAGAUGAAUCAAAUUUUUUCCUUAAAAAAUUCACUCCAAUCAAUGCUUUCCAAGAUUCAGUUAUUGAUAUUAUUACCAUUCAUAAUAAUAAUCGUCAUGAUGUUGAAAUUUUUGAUUUCCCUGAUUUCACUCAUCCAUUAGAUUAUAAACAUCGUUGUGAUUAUUGGAAAUUAUAUUCUGGGAAAGGGGAAACUUAUCAUGAAGGUACAUUCAAUAUGUAUGAAGAUUAUGGUAUUGAUGGUAAACGUGGAGUAAUUCUUGUUAUUCGACCAGAUUCUCAUGUGGCCAAAGUGGUUCCAUUUUCAAUUGAUGGAUUAAAACAAGUUGAUGAAUAUUUCAAUAAAUUUAUGAUUAGUCAAACUAAUAAUGUUUUACCAUCUAAACCAAUUGAUUAUGAUGAUUCCAAAAGAUUUAUUCAACCAAGAUUGGCUGUAUGA